GAGAGGAACCAAUCAGCGCCUGGAAUGGCGAAGCCUUGUCCAAUCAGAAGUUUAACAAAUCUGGGACAACUCUGUGUUAUCCCAAGUCUCCCCACCCUGGUUACAGUAAACCGUCAUUUUUGUUUUUACUGAAAGACUCAACCAAGCAACAAGACUGAUUUGGCUGACGGGAAGCCCCCCGCUACCCCUCCCGUCCCAGAAUGCCAUUGGUGACGAGGAACAUCGAGCCUCGCUAUGUGUGCCGCCAGACGAUCCCCAACACCAUCCGCAGCGAGCUGGAGUGUGUCACCAACAUUAGCCUUGCCAACAUCAUACGCCAGCUAGGCAGCCUCAGUAAGUAUGCAGAGGAUGUGUUUGGAGAGCUGUUUGUGCAGGCGGGGGUGUUUGCUGUCCGGGUGAACACACUGGGAGAGAGAGUGGACCGUCUACAGGUCAAAGUCACCCAGCUCGACCCUAAAGAGGAGGAGGUCUCUCUGCAGGCCAUCACCCAGAAGAAAGCGUUUCAUAGUAAUCUGACUCAGGACCAGCAGUUGUUCUGUAGACCCUCUCUACCGCUGCCUGUACAGGAGACCUAUCUGACCUGCAACCCACCUCCACCACUCAACAACCUCAGCCAGUACAGGGAUGAUGGUAAGGAUGCUCUGAAGUUCUACACAGAUCCCUCCUACUUCUUUGAUCUGUGGAAGGAGAAGAUGCUGCAGGACACGAAGGACAUCAUGAAGGAGAGACGCAAACACAGGAAGGAGAAGAAGGACAAUCAGAAUAUGCGGACUCUGAAUCCCAGGAAGAUCAAAACCAGGAAGGAUGAGUGGGAACGGCUAAAGAUGGGAGAGGAGUUUGUGGUGCCCAAGAAUGACAUGGGAGAAUCUCUUGAGGGUCUGAAUGGCAGUAUUGGUUCAGGAGAAGGCUGUUACUCCCCUGAUGGUUUGGACCAGAGUACUGGGUCGUACGCCUUCGAUCCUGGCUCCCCCCUCCCUCCCCCCGCCCCAGACGACUUCCUGCCCCCUCCACCCCCAGACAUGGCGUAUCAUGACGGACAGUACGGAGCAUCAACCCAAAAGCGCACCAGCGUUCUUAGCCCCACACACCCCCCUCCAGCCCCUCCCAUGCCCUCUACUGCUCCCAUUGGCACACGGCCCAACCUGGCCCCUCCUCCUGCCCCACCUCCUCCUCCCCCCUCCCCUGGCUUCGGAAUCCCUCCCCCUCCCCCCUCUGGAUUUGACUCUUCCCCUCCCACUCUUCCCUCUUCCUCCGCCUAUCCCUCCCCCCCUGCCCCACCUCCUCCUUCCUAUCAGGCCUCCAUCUCUCCGCCUCCUCCCCCCUCUCUCCCCCAGGGUGGUGGUGAACCUCCUCCUCCUCCUCCCCCGCCUCCCCCAGGCCCUCCUCCUCCCACUUCUGGCCCUCCUCCCCCCUCCUUCUCCAUUGGGGCUCCCCCUCCUCUUAAAUCCACCCAAGCUCAGCCAGAAGCCCCCGCUGACGCUCACAGUGACCUCCUGUCGGCUAUCCGGCAAGGUUUUAACUUACGUAAGGUGGAGGAACAGAAAGAGCAGGAGAAAAAGGAUAACUACGGCAACGAUGUGGCGGCCAUCUUGUCUCGCCGUAUUGCUGUGGAGUGCAGCGACAGCGAGGACGACUCCUCAGAGUUGGGAGAUGACGAUUGGUCCGAAUGAGACCUUCAUCACCUCCACCCUCAUGGUCUUCCUCGGUCCUCGUCAGAGAGAAUGCAUCAUAUCCUUAUCCCAUUACUUCUUUAUAAUCUAUGAUCUAAGGAGUAGAGGUCCAAAGAUAAGUGUGUGUGUGUGUGUGUCACUACUACACUCUUUUCUCAGUAUUCCCCACUCCUGUCUAAGCCAAUCACAUUCCCUGUAUGUAGAACUGAACUGAGAAGCCAAUGAUUUAAUUAUGAGAACAGUCCAAAUAUCAAGGGGCUACACACAGAUAUCAACAAACAUACAGUAUACCGUACAGAUAUUGAUUCUUACAUGCAUACACAGACAGUACAAUUAUGGUAUGAUUGAUGAACUGUUAAUAUUUUACUUUAAGAUAAGUAUAAGAUAUGUUAAAUAAUACCAAGGGCACAAAGAGGUUUUCAUUGCUGUUCUCCUUUUUCUUUUUUUACCUGUCUUUUUCUCUCUGUGGUUGGCAUGGGAAUGGUUACCUGGGCGACAGAGGAUCUCAUUCACAGAUGGGGGGGGUUCUGAAUCCUAUCUAAAAUGUCUGUAAUGUUCUGAGUCAGCCCUAUCUGAAAACUGAAACCAUGCUGCCCCCUAUCAGUCAAAACAUCUGACCAAUCAGCGAUCCCUAGUCCCGCCCCUCCAUAAGUGCCUUUGCUUUUCAUGUUUAUGUGCGAGGAGGAUAAAGUUAACCUUAGAUCAGUGUCUAAGGUCAGUUUUCUGUUUCUUUCCCAUCAUAACCAUAGGAUUGGAUGAAAGGUACCUGAUCCUAGAUCUGUGCCUAAGAGACAACUUGAUCCUCUUCUGUUUAAGUGCCUUCUGUUUUGUUUUAAAGCCAAAGUGUAAUGCCACAAUCAGACCUCAGCAUGUUAAUAUCCAACCACCUGUUUCUGCUUGUCCUGUCUUUCUCAACUUUAUCAGUGAUGAUUAUUACAAUAAUAAAGAUACAAUGAACUAUA